GUCUGGGUUAUGCUCAGAAGAAGUUGAAGACAGUGACGAUGAGGUCAUCUACUCCGAGGAACGAAAGUUUAGUUUUUUCGACCGUUGUUUCCAAGAGUUUCUUGCAGCUGUGUAUGUAAUAGCAACAUUUGUUCGGGAUAAGAGGAAUCCAAUUGAGCAAACAACUGGCACAAAGAAAUGGAUGGCGAAGCCCACAAUGUUUGACAUCCAUAAGUCUGCUGUGAAAAGGGCCAUCGAUAGCAAAGGACGUCUCAACAUUUUUGUGAGAUCCCUCCUUGGUCUCUCUGAGAAGUCAAACCAGAAAUUUGUUCUUAAGUGCAUGGAAUGGAUCAAGGCCAAUGAUGCCUCUAUAGAAUGGGAUGAUGACAAUAACAAAACAAAAAGCUAUAUAUCCAAGAAAGUAGAGGAGAAGAAGCAAGGGGAUACUGCCAUACUAGUAGAAUUUCUCAGUGAAUUAAAAGACAAAGAUCUUCUGAAUAAAAUCCAGAAGGUUAACCAGAAGACACAGGAUCACACAGUGAGUCAGGACAUAGUCAUCACAUUGCAGACGAACAAGGAGGUUCAACAAGAGUUUGAGGUGAAAAACUUCAUGAAAGAGGAAGUUGGUUUGCCAAAUUUAUUGCCGGUUGUGCAAAUCACAGAUCAAGCUAAAUUGAAUAAGUGCAACCUGACAGAGAAAAGCUGUGCCCAGAUAGCUGAUUCCUUUAGGAAGUACGACUCCAGUGUGAAGGUGCUGGACAUGAGUGAGAAUGAACUUGGUGAUUCAGGGGUGAAAGACAUCAUCUCUGUGCUGCAUGAGGAAAAGUGUAAAAUUGAGAAUUUAAGUUUGUCCUACUGUGGGUUAACAUCUGAGACAUGUGAAAGCCUCAGCGAGGCUCUAGCAGAGACAUCUCGUCUCCAUGAGCUGAACCUGAGCAACAACAACAUUCAUGACCAAGGAGUGUUCCUACUCUCCAUGGCCUUGACAGACCCAAAGUGCCAACUGCAUACUCUGAGACUUGCCAGCUGCCAGCUUUCCUCAAAGUGCUGCAAGGACCUCAGCUCAAGCUUACAGUCAGCUGAUUCAGCCCUGAAGCACCUAGACUUGAGUUUCAAUGACCUCCAAGACUCAGGGGUUCAACACCUCUCUGCAGCACCUACAAAACUGGAGACACUAAGACUGGCCUGCUGCAACCUCACAGAAGGCUCUGGCCAUCACCUGGGCACGCUGCUGCAGUCAGGGGCACUGAGAGAUUUGGAUCUGACCAACAAUAUGCUGAAGGACUCAGGGCUGCAGCAGCUCCUCUCUGUUGGCCUGGCCAGCCAAACGUGCUCACUGGAGAGAUUGAUCAUAAAGAAAUGUGAGAUCACUUUGCAAGAUCCCAGCUGCUGUGAAGCUGUGUUGUCCUGCAUGAAGUCUAAGAAGGGUCACCUUAGAGAGCUGGACCUAAGCUACAAUUAUCUGCAGGAUUCCGGCGCACAGACAGUCAUUCCUUCUGCAGUGAAACUGCCAUGUAGGAUUGAGAAGCUGAGUCUAGCUUGCUGUUCACUAACAGAGAAGAUGUGUGGGCUCCUCAGCUCUGAGCUGGGAGGUGAGGGCCUGAUGCAGUCUUGCCUGAGGGAGAUUGACUUCAGUGACAAUGACCUGGGCUCAUCUGGAGUGGCACUCCUCUGUGACACAUUACAGAAGGAUGCUUGCAAAUGGGAGAAACUCUUUUUGUCCCAGUGCAAUAUCAAAGCACCUCGCUGUCAAGACUUGGCCAAUGCGCUGAGAAAAAAUCCAUCUCACAUGACGGUACUGGACCUGAGGUUCAAUCACCUGGAGGAUGAUGGGUCUAAAUUCUUCAAGUCACUCCAGACCAACUCCCGGGAGAUCAAGAUUGAAGGUGGUGGAGAGUUUUGUUUGAGGAAGGGCGAGGACAGAUAUGAGCGCAGUCUAACCCUGGAUGAGAACACCGCGAACCCGAGGCUCUUCCUCACAGAGACCAAAAUCAGGUGGGCUGAAUGGGAGCUCCCUCUACCCGUGCACCUGGACCGGUUUGACUGCCGCACGCAGGUGUUGUGUGUGGAAGCACUGAGCAGCCGCAGCUACUGGGAGGUGAAGUGGAGCGGAAUGGCCUCAGUGGGUGUAGCGUACGCCAGCAUGGGCAGGAAGGGUGAGAACAACGCCGCCACGCUGGGCCGCAAUGACAGGUCCUGGUGCCUGGACUGCAGCGCCUACACCUACUCCGCGUGGCACGGCAACAAGGAGACGCGCGUGGCCCAGCAGCCCUCGGGAUGCCACCGCUUGGGCGUCUACCUGGACUGGCUGGGCGGCACGCUGGCCUUCUUCAAAGUCAAGACGGUCGGCGGGAAGCGCAAGUUCACCCUGCUGCACACCUUCAAACACAGCUUCUCACUGCCCCUGCUGCCCGGUUUCAGGAUCUGGGCUGACUCCAGCGUGUUCAUCUGCCCACAGAAUGGAGACAAGAAGGCGGCAUGAAGACACCAGCAAUUAGUACAGGCAUACUUAUAGACUUCUCAAGUAGACACACAUGCAUGUGGCACUUGCACUCAACACAUACAUUCACACACACAACCACACACACACACACACAAAGGAUUGAAGAAAAAACAUCUUGGAGUCAUGUCAUUCAAAUGCUGUCGUGUUAAUCUAAAAAAGUUGUUCAUCAAUCACAGAAAUUAAUACUGUGAUGAUGACUGAUAAUUGUUAAAAUAAUAAUUAAAUGGCUAUGCAUAAUGCAUAGCUAGAUUUACAAUGCACUUGUGGAUUAAUAGUACUGUAUUUUCCUUUAUGACAGUAGAAGAUUAUUUCUUCCGAAUAACAACUUCAUAAUUUUUUUUUUCUAUCUUGAAGUUGUGGGUGUUGUGACUCCCAACAUUUAAUUUAAACAGUGUUAGUGAAUUAAGGUAAACCAAUAAAUCAUUUUCAUUUCAAAAUAACACUUGGAAGUAUUGCAUGAUAUCAUCACAGGUUCUAUCAUAAAAAAAUUGAUAUUGACAUUGCAGUCAGAUCCAAACUUUGCUUUUCUAUUUUAUGUGCGGCCGGUAACUGAUAUUGAUUUUCAUGUUGAUUUCAAUUCAGUGAAGUAGUAAUGGUUUCAAGAUGACAUUGUGCAAUUGCAUCAACUGUAUAACU